AUGUCGUCAAUACAGAAACAGGAUCUUUUAGUUUUCAGCGAUAGUUCAGUGAUUUCUAAGGGUCUUUUUGGCCCUGGAGUGGGGAGCAAUAUGAUUUUAGUUACAGAUACAGCAGCUACCAGUGGAUCGUGGCUUCUAAACGCGUUAGUGGAGGCUGUUACUUUGGGAAGUGUUGUUUCGUUGAAUGGCGGGAAUGGGAAUUCUGGCGGGAUCGGAGCUAGGGUUGGCAAGGUUGUUGUGGGGUCGUUUUUGAGCAUGCAAACGCAAAUUGUGGGAGCGUUUGAGAAGUCGAAGAUACCACGGGAUAGAUACACAGUGCUGCCGCUAGCGGAGGAUAUAGUGAGUAAAAACGUUGGGAAACCUAUUGAUGUUAUUGUAGGUGGGAUUUUGAAGCAGUUUGAGGGUGUUGAGGGGUCGAUUUUUGUACUUGAGAAGCCGGAGAUUCUUAUGUCGUUGUUCAACAUGAGCAGCGAUGACUUGCAAUUGAGACUAAUCAAUCCAUUGUUGCGCAAGUGCUCUAUGUUGAUAGUUUCGACGUCGGUAGAGGCGUUUGAUAAUGAUUUUCCGGAGAAUAUAGGUCGUGACACGGUUGAGUUUGUCAGGUUUACAACCUCAAGUUUCCACAAGUGUGCGGUGGUGCUUUCGGUAAGGCCUCUCGACACUGGUAAGGCCAAGGACAUAACGGGUACUCUCGCAAUUCGCCGAGGCGGCGCACUUUUGAACGCGACAAAUGCAGCGCUUCAUGUGGUGGAGAACCAAUACUUGUUCCACAGCGUCAAGGACGUGACUACCUUGUUUUACAGAUGA